AUGGAUAGACGAGGACGUUUUGUGUCCAUUUUAAUGUUAAGUGUGUGGUCACUCCAAACAAAUUUAGCGGAUCCUAUAUCUUCUGGAUUCGAUGUACGGAAUUUUCAAGCUCUUAUAAAUGCUAAUCUGGACACAUGUAACAUGAAAAUUAAAAUCUCCGAUACCAAAUAUAGUGCGCCUAUUAACAGGCUAUCACCAACAAUAGGUAUAGAAUCUGUACCGACAAAUCCAACGCCAACACCUCACCUACCGGAGGAAAAACUCCAACAGGAUAUUAAAAUAGAAAAAGGAGAAAAGGGUGACCGGGGAGAUUAUGGUGCACAGGGUAUACCUGGAAUAAAAGGCGAAUCUGGAGUGCAUGGUGACAAAGGAGACAAAGGUGACCAGGGUAUAAAAGGCGAAAGAGGGGAAAAGGGUGAACCGGGUAUUAAAGGGCUACAGGGCAUACCAGGUCUAAUAGGUGUAACUGGACCACCAGGUGUAACGGGAAAAAAAGGAGAACCAGGUCUAAAAGGAGAUAAAGGAGAAAUAGGUAACAAGGGAGAAAGUGGUUUACAGGGUAUUCAGGGUGUCAAAGGUGAAUCUGGAGAGCCUGGUCCUAAGGGACACAAAGGUGAACAAGGUUUAAGCGGAGAGAAAGGGGUAAAAGGUGAUACUGGAGAGCGCGGCUUGAAGGGUAUAUCUGGACCACAAGGUGACCGUGGUGAGGUUGGUGCUACUGGAGACAGAGGUCCACAAGGUGCCAAAGGAGAUAGUGGUGAAAAGGGAGAUCGUGGUAUUCCUGGAUUACAGGGCAUGAAGGGCGAUGUUGGACCUGCAGGAAAAGACUGUACUCCUCCUGAUGAAUUACCAGGACCAGAAGUGGGGACACCAAAUCCGGGUGAUAGUGCAAAACCUGCCAUAUCUUGUGCUCAACUAAGUAAAGACGGUACAUAUCAUAUCAAUCCUUCAAAUCCGUUUAUUAUUGACUGUGUUAGGGGAGAAAUGUGUUUACAAAAGAAAAGUUCUGAAAAAGAUAUUGAUGAGGAAGAUGGAGAAGAGGAGAAAGAGAAAGCAAAAUCUUUUGACAAAAAGCCGUUUUGGUGGAAUCUCGAUUUUAAGGAGUUAUAUGGAAUCCAAGAAUCACAAAUGGCAUAUCUUCUAUCACAGUCAACAAGUGUCAGACAAACAUUAAAAUAUCACUGUUAUAAUACUGAAGUGAUACCUUCAACAAAUACAAGUAAAGCGUUGUCACUAUCUCUAUGGAGUGGACAAUUAGUAGAAAAAAGUGCCACACGUGAAUCGCCAAUAUAUUAUGAAGUCGACGAAAAUAAGUGUGCCAAGGCCAAAGACACAUGGGAAUCGGCUAACAUAAAGAUGAAAACUAAUUUUACCAAUCGGUUACCUAUAGUUGACAUAUAUAUUCAAGAUAUUCGCGAAGAAUCACAGAAGGCAGCUUUAGAACUGAUUGAAUUGUGCUUUACAUACCACAAACCUAUGUCUCCC